AUGUUCCACGUCAGAGCUUCCCUUCUCGGCGCACGCCGUCUUCCUAAGAUCCGUACAAACUCAAGAACCCGGUUCCACGCCAUCACCUCGCACCAACGGCGCCAUGUCAGACCGAGCCUGCGAGCCUUUGUGCACACGGAUAGCUUCCUGCCGGCGUACUCUGCAAACUACGUGGACGAAAUGUAUACAGCAUGGCAGAACGACCCGGACUCGGUCCAUCGCUCGUGGCAGGAAUACUUCAGAAGCCUAGACGAUGGCCAUGCCAUGUUAGAUACUUCAUUCCUUCAUCAUCCGCUGCAAGGUCUAGCUUUUGGACAAGCAGCAAUAUCUCCAAUCCCGAUGGUGACUGCGCAUCCACUGCCAAAGAACAAAGACUACGCAAAUCUUGAACGGAUGGUCCGCGCAUACCGCGAGCUUGGCCAUAUGAAAGCAAACACUAAUCCGUUAGAACUUCCGCACCGACGGCCUCCACCGAAGGAACUAGAUCCUAGCUUCCAUGGCUUUACAGAAGCAGAUCUAGACCGAGAAUUCGAGCUCAGUCCCGAGAUAUUACCUCAUUUCGCAUCCGCACGACAGUCCAUGACCCUGCGCGAGAUCAUUCAAACCUGCGAGAACAUCUACUGCGGCUCCAUCGGCGCCGAGUAUCAACAUGUGGUUACUAGCCAAGAGCGCGAAUGGAUCCAAGCACGCAUCGAGACCCCAACACCGUACCAGUUCUCCACGGAGGAGAAGAAGCGCAUCCUCGACCGCCUGGUGUGGGCCACCGCGUUCGAAAAGUUCAUGACGGCCAAGUUCCCCAACGGCAAGCGGUUUGGACUCGAGGGCGUCGAGAGCCAGCUCCCAGCACUCAAAGCUGUGAUCGACGCGUGCGCAGACAACCACGGCGUCCGCAACGUCAUCUUCGCCUGCUGCCAUCGCGGGAAGCUCAACGUGCUCAGCAACGUGGGCCGCAAGCCCAACGAGCUCAUCUUCGGGGAGUUCGCCCCGGACGCGACAUCGCGAUACCCGAUCCCCGGCGACGUCAAGUACCACAUGGGGCUGAACCACGAGCGCGAAACCCCCGCCGGGAAUAAGGUGAACAUCUCGAUCCUGCCCAACCCGUCGCAUUUGGAGUCCCAGAACACGCUGGCGCAGGGCAUGGCGCGCGCGCUGCAGCACCAGAGCGGCGGCGACACGGCGUCCACGCUGGUGCUGAACAGCCACACCGACGCGGCGUUCGCCGGACAGGGCGUCGUGUACGAAACGCUGGGGCUGGCCGGGCUCAAGUCGUACGGGACGGGGGGCACCAUCCACCUGCUCAUCAACAAUCAGAUUGGGUUCACGACGGACGCGGAGUCGGCGCGGACGUCGCCGUAUGCCUCGGACAUUGCGAAGAGCAUCAAUGCGCCGGUUUUCCACGUCAACGCCGAUGAUGUCGAGGCAGUGGUCUUCCUGUGUAAACUGGCUGCGGCCUACCGAGCCGAGUUCCGCAAGGACUGCUGGGUGGACGUGAUCUGCUAUCGGCGGCGCGGACACAACGAGAUGGACCAGCCCGCGUUCACGCAGCCGCUGAUGUAUGAGCAGAUCGCGAACAAGGUCCCACAGCUGGAGCUAUAUGUGGCCCAGCUCGUCAAGGAGGGGACUGUCACGCGCGAAGAGGCACAGCAGAUGGAGCAGGACGUGUGGAAGAAGCUGACCGCCAGCUUCGAAAACAGCACCGGUCCACAAGCCCUGGAGAGGGAGUAUCUCACCGAGCCAUGGCGGCACCUGACAUCGCCGGAGGAACUGGCUCGCAAUGUGCUCCCCGCGCAGCCCACCGCAAUCUCCAGAAGCGUCGUCGACACCGUCGCCCGGAAACUGGGGCUCCCCGAUGAACCGUUCGCCGUGCACAAGAGCCUCCAGCGGAUCCUGCAAAGGCGCCAGCAGAACCUGAUCGAAGGCCGCGACAUCGACUGGGCCACCGCCGAGGCGCUCGCGAUGGGCAGUCUCUGCCUGGAAGGCCACCACGUGCGGGUGUCCGGCCAGGACGUCGAGCGCGGCACAUUCUCGCAGCGCCACGCGGUGCUGCACGACCAGAAGACGGGGGCGACCUAUACGCCGCUGGACGAUCUGAGCGUGGACCAGGCGCGCUUCACGAUCGGCAACUCGCCGCUGAGCGAGUAUGGCGUCAUGGGCUUCGACUACGGAUAUUCCUGCAUGUACCCGGACGCGCUAGUGAUGUGGGAAGCGCAGUUUGGCGACUUCGCCAACACCGCCCAAUGCAUCGUUGACCAGUUUAUUGUGUCUGGCGAGAGCAAGUGGUUGCUGCGCUCGGGUUUGGUCCUGUCGCUGCCGCAUGGGUUCGACGGCCAGGGGCCGGAGCACUCGUCCGCGCGAAUGGAGCGCUUCUUGCAGCUGUGCAGUGAGGAUGGACGCUUCUUCCCGUCCGAGGAGAAACUGCAGAGACAGCAUCAGAAUGCGAAUAUGCAGGUCGUCUAUAUGACGACCCCGGCGAACUUGUUCCACGUGCUGCGACGCCAACUGCACCGGUCGUACCGAAAGCCGCUGGUCAUGUUCUUUUCCAAAUCCCUCCUGCGCCACCCGAUGGCCAAGUCGAACAUUGAAGACUUCACCGGUGAUUCUAAAUUCCAGCCGUUGAUCGCGGAUCCUGCGGUCUCAGACCCCUCGACGAUCAGGAGAGUCAUCUUUUGCACUGGCCAGGUGUAUAUGACUUUGGCGAACUGUCGCGAGCAGCAUGGCAUCACAGACACGGCCAUUGUCCGCAUUGAGCAGCUGCAUCCGUUCCCGUGGACAGAGACCCGGGACAAUCUACUGCAAUAUUCAAACGUUGAAGAUGUGGUCUGGUGCCAGGAGGAAUCCCUGAAUGACGGAGCCUGGUCGUUUGCUCGAACACGCCUCGAGACGAUAUUCGAUACGACAUCACAGCACAAGGGCCGUCGCGUUCGGUUUGCAGGGCGGGCAGCAACGCCCAGUGUUGCAACUGGCUUUAUGAAGGAACAUCGUGCGCAGGAGGCGGCGUUGGUGAAGGAAGCCUUUCAACGGGGGUAG